CUUUUGGAUAACAAUAGAUCCUAAGUAAACGGACAGUCACCAAUCGGGUGUCUGAAGAAAGACAAGACACAGAAAGAGAGUUAAACAAGCAUUCCAAUUGAUCCAAGAAAUCGUCAUGAUUCUUACAAAAUGCUUGCUAUUGAUAUGGCUACUAUCUCUAGUCACUCUGUGUGCUGGAAGGACAUUAUGCCAACACCCUGGUAAAGGAGUCAAAGAUUGUAAUAAGCGGCCAAUUCAGACUUCACGUCCUUUUAACAUCGCACACAGAGGUUCCAAUGGAGAGAUCCCAGAAGAAACUAAAGCUGCAUACUUGAGAGCAAUUGAAGAAGGUACAGACUUCAUAGAAACAGAUCUCUUAUCAUCCAAAGAUGGUGUGCUUAUCUGUUUCCAUGAUGUUGCCCUUGACUUAACAACCGAUGUUGCGAGUCACAAGGAGUUUGCUGAUCGUAAAAGGACAUAUGAUGUCCAAGGUUUCAACAUCACUGGCUUUUUCACUUUUGAUUUUACUCUCAAAGAAUUAAAGACCCUACGGGCAAAACAGAGAUAUGCUUUCCGGGACCCGCAAUACAACGGAAAGUACCCUAUCAUCACAUUUGAAGAAUUCCUUGCCAUUGCUCGGGAUGCUCCAAGAGUUGUCGGUAUAUAUCCUGAGAUUAAAAAUCCAGUUUUAAUGAACCAGCAUGUCAAAUGGCCUGGUGGUAAGAAAUUUGAGGAUAAAGUUGUGGAGACUCUUAAGAAGCAUGGGUAUGGAGGCGCAUAUUUGUCCAAGGAGUGGUUAAACAAACCCUUGUUUAUUCAGUCAUUUGCCCCAUCUUCACUCGUGUACAUAUCAAAAUUGACAGACUCACCAAAACUCUUAUUAAUAGAUGGUGUCAUGCCAACUCAAGAUACUAACCAGACAUACGCAGAGAUCACAUCAGAUGCCUAUUUCACCUACAUUAAGGAGUUUGUGGUGGGGAUUGGACCAUGGAAAGAUUCUAUAGUUCCAGUAAAAAACAACUACAUGCUAACCCCUACAGAUUUGGUCAAAAGAGCUCACGCACAUAAACUACAGGUGCAUCCAUACACGUACAGGAAUGAAAACCAGUUCUUACACUUUAACUUCAGCCAAGACCCAUAUCAGGAGUAUGAGUACUGGAUCAAAGAGAUUGGUGUUGAUGGACUCUUUACCGAUUUCACCGGUAGCCUUCACAAGUAUCAAGAAUGGGCAUCUCCAUUACCUGACACCACUAAGCCCCCACGAAAGCUAUUGAAUCACAUUGCUUCUUUGGUCAGCCCUUAUGCAAAGGCUUGA